AUGCAAUGGACUAGACAAGGUCGGCCCAGAGAACCUGUCGGGCGCUCGAGGCACGAGCAGUAUGGUUCUUGCAUGAAUCAAAGAUCAGGCGAUCGACAAGCCUCGAUUCAACAGCCGCGAAAAACUAAGCUGCUUUCCUGCUCACCGACAAAGCUGAAAGAGUUGCAUGGAGGGAGGGCAACCACUGACGAUGAGCCUUUUCUUAGUAGGAAAACCUCACUGCUAUCGGCUCCGACAAUGAAGUCACUUGGGGGCAGUGAGUCUGAGAACACCCCGGGUAAACAGCCCCCACAGUCAUACCUCGGCGGUUUGAAUAGGUGGAGUCUUGGUGUAGGGCGAGUUAUGUGCACAGGAAAUACACAGCAUAUUCUUGCAUAUUUUCCAGAAUCGACCUCGCUUCUCUGGUCCACAGCUAUAGCUCUUGCCAAAUCGGAGAUGGCAAUCCGUACUGUGGUCGAUAAACUAGUAAUAUUCAAGCAUUCUAGGCUCUGGACUCUUGCCAUCCAUAAGUGGAUCCCUCCAUCCAGGGCUGGUUCUCACAAUCUCCUUUUGAACGAUCAUCGUGUUAUGGUUGGAUGA